AUUUGUCAUAAUGUUAUCUUUGUCCUUUGAAGUUCAAUUACGUGUCUUGUUAGUCGAAAUUUUUAGAGACUCCGGGGUGUACUGACUGCAGAAACCAGUUUGACAGCAUUUUGGGCAAGUGAUUGUUGCGUGGGUAAUUUGUGGAAAAAGAAACUUUUGAAUUUUCAACAUGCAGGCGACGUGGUCGGUUUCGUGCAUUAAAUAUCUUCUGUUUAUUUUUAAUCUUAUUUUUUUCAUUACUGGAAUAAUCAUCUGCUCGCUCGGGGUAUCCAUCAAAACCUACUUUACAAGCUAUGAUUUCGUUUUGGAGGAUCAGUACUUUUCAAUUCCCAACUUACUGAUCGCAAUUGGCGCGAUCAUAUUCCUAAUUUCGUUCUACGGCUGCUACGGAGCAAUAAGGGAGAGCUUUUGCUCGAUCGUAUUCUUUUCGAUCCUAUUGAUAUUGAUAUUCGUUCUUGAGUUUGCUGCCGGUAUUAGUGGAUAUGUUUUACGUAAUCAAACCUUUGAUUUCCUCAGCGAAAAAUUACAGUCUAGUCUCCAUAAGUACGACCCUAACAACACAAGUUCCCCCACAACCAAGUUUUGGGAUGAAAUACAAACAGACUUUCACUGCUGCGGUGUUCACAACUAUAUGGACUGGAAAAAUGUGACCAACAAUGAUUAUCUGCCCAUGACAUGCUGUGGACCACAAAUUGGCCUUAUUGGCAUUGCCAAUUGUAACACUACCACAACUACCUUGUUCAAAGCUGGUUGUGUCUCCGCGUUUGGAAAGAUUGUUGAAGAUCACGCUUUAACUAUUGCUAGUAGUGGUCUGGCUUUGGCAUUUAUACAGUUUUUGGGAAUUGUAUUUUCUUGUUAUCUGGCCAAGCAAAUAAAGAAGAGCUAUGAAACCGUUUAAUGUAUUAACAAUACAGAUAUUAUGUAAAUAUUUCGUAACCCUUGGUAGUCUAGAAUAUUUUUGGUUAUUUA